AUGAAGCGCGAAAGUAAGAACUCCUCAAACACAUCAGUGAGUAUUUUGAAAAAAAGCAACACAACUAAGGUAGGGGGGCUAAGGGCCAGUGCGAAAUUUAGGGACACCUAUAAGGAGAAAUGGAGUGGAAAGAGCGCAAAGGACAAUGGCAUCACGUCCAGAAAGAGCAGCGUCAAUCUUAUGAAGGUUGCUGCAAGUGGGAAAAUGAAUGAAGAAGAAAGUGGAGGGGGAUUAAAAAAGAAAAUCGACGAUGAGAAGAAAAAAAUAGAAAAAAAUUAUGUCAAUGGGAAGUAUAACCCGGGGAAGGGAAAGAACCAAAGCAGGGGAUAUGAUGAAAAAAAAAAUGUUGAACAUGAGGAAGGGGCGAGGAGUGCUCAACUUAGUGGAGAAGAGGAAGUGGUUAAAAUGGAACAUAACGACGGAGGAGAAGAAGAAGGAAGUAGGGAAAUUAGUAUAACAAGGGGCUUAUCAGAAUUUAACCAAGCACCAGAGAAUGAGGGAGUAUCCCCAGGAAGGGACAACGUGGCGGUUGAGAAUGGACAAUCUGGGAAGGGAGUGUUCGAAGGUGCAGAUGACGCCACAGCGGAAAAUGAAGAUGCAGACGUUGGUUCGUGUCCUUUGAACCAUAACUCUGCUGACGAACUGAGGGAGAAAUACGGCCAGAAUGGCAGCAGGGGGGAGGAAGAGUGUGAACUGAAAAAUGGGGAAAAAGACGAAAGUGGAAUCGAGGAUACGAAUGAGGAAAUCUCAUACGAUGAAAAUGCGGCUUCUUCCGUUUCUGCGGUUUCAUCUGUAGCGUCUGUUGCUUCGACAGAUGCUCUAGAGGAGGGCCAGGCGGACGAGGCCAAGCAUAUGGACGAGGAUGCAGGGCACGAGAAAAAAGGCAUAUACCAAAACAUCCUAAAAAAAUUAAACCUGGAGAAAAACGAAGAAUUGGAGAGUAGCCAUAUCAUAAUCCUCGGUAAUAAGGACGUGGGGAAAUCCUCAUUAGUGAAAUCGCUACAAGAAAUUUCACUGCAAGGAGAUAAGAACGAUGGAGAAGUGCUAUACGAAAGUGGGGGUGGAGUUCUUCCACUAGAUUACGCAUGUUUAAAUGUAAAAAACUUAGAAGAAAAUAAAAAAGCAACUGAAGUGAAAGGGAGUAGCCACGUGUGGAUCUUGCAGCAUUCUUCAUAUGUAAACUCGUUAAUUAAAAAUUUAAAAAAAUUUAAAGACAUUAAAAAGGUAGUCAUUUUGAUAUGCACAGAUCUGUACAAGCCUUAUGACAUCAUGUCUGACAUAAACCAAUGGAUUGAUGUGUUGUAUGUUAUUUUUGAGAAGCUGCAUUCUGAUUGCAAUAUAGAGCUGCUCCGUGAGCUGAAGGAGAACUUACAAAAUUAUGUGUACAACUAUAAAAGAGACUCAUUGGAGAAGAAAAAGCAGGAGAGAAAAUCCCAAGUUGGAGGUAACCCACGAAAUGGCACCAUUGGGGGGAACUCACAAUUCCUCAUGGAAGACUUAACCGGUGAAGAUCAAAUCAAUUUGCGCAUUAACAGCGCCAACACUGAGGAAAAUACAUUUAACGUAGAUCGAGAAGGACUCAUCAAAAUCAACAUGUCAUUUCCAAUUCUAUUUGUCAUCUGCAAAUCGGACGGGUACGAAAUUUUAAACAAUAGAACAUAUCAAGGGUAUAUCGAUGUCAUUAUUGCUUAUUUAAGAAACCUAGCGGUGAAUUAUCAGGCAUCUAUUAUUUUCUGUAAUACUACAAAUAAGAAGGAACCCAAAAAUGUGAAACUUCUGUACAGGUAUAUUAUGCACCGUAUCUACAAUUUCCCCUUUAGUGAUAACGCCAUUUUGGACGAUUACGAAAGAGUAUUUGUGCCAUCAGGCUAUGAUGACGAGGAGUUAAUAAAUCAGUCCAUACAAAAUACGUUCGUGGAAAAUUUUAAUAAACCCUACGACUCGAUUAUCGUGAAGCCCAUAACAAAUAAGAGCAUAGUGGAGCACAGCCAUAAUAUUGUUGCUGAUUGUUAUUUCAAUGAUUUUUUGGCAAACCUAGCCCCACAGAUGGAGUCUAACGGAGCGAGCGGUGCCGAUGAGGACGGCGAUGAUAAUAAUGGCGACGGGCGUGAGAACGAUGGUGAUGGAGUUAGCCAUGAUGCUACACAUAACAGUGUUAAUUACACUGACGCUGGUGGGGACAAAAUAAAAAUUGAUGUCACCCUCAACGGAGGAACCGCAACUAUAGGCAACGGAAGUAACAAGGAAAAUGGCGCAAGUAAGGAACAAAAUGAUAAAUCUUUACACAGCUUUUUUCAAAGCCUUUUAGCAAAGGGUAGAUCCAAGUCGCCCAGCGCACCUAGCAUAACACCGCAGGCGCUGGACAAGAAAAAAAAAAACGUGAACCCGGAGUGA